AUGGCUCCACGAGAGCUAUCCUUUAUCCACAGCCGUGCUCCCCGAGCUGCUGGGCUGUCAGACAAUGCUGUGGACGAACACAAACAUCUGAUUGGCGACCUAUACUUGAUCCAGAAUUAUACUCGAGACCAGGUAAUCAACUACCUAGAAACAAAUCUAAGUUUCACCAUAUCCCGGGAUCAAUUCUCUAAAGCGACGAGACGUUGGGGUUUUCACAAGCAGCCUCGAGGGGCCCUCUCUAUUCAAUCAACACCGAAUGAGACGGCCAGUCAAAGCACGCAUUGUGAAACCGCAAGUAAGGAGCCAUUAUGCGUGACCACCGUGGAUGUGCCUACGGACCAAGGUCUCAUACUUACACAUGAGUCAAGCAAACGCCCCCGAAGCGGUACAAGCUCUAUCAGUCGCAGGAGUGAUAUCACAACCCAUGGCCCAUCCUCACCUCUUCCUCGCCGCCCACUGAAGCGACCCAAGCCCAGAAGCGAGUCAGGUGACUACACUGCUGAAAGCUCAUCUGACACCCCACUGAAUCUGUCUACUGAUGGAGAUUUCCUUUCUACCCCGUUGACUGCACGUUCGAGUCCACACUGUCAGUACACGUACGAUGACAAGCUGUCGGCAGAAUACCUAUCUUGUUGUCAUCGUUACACCAAAGCUUUCAACUACUACCUCAAGAUCUCGAUUCCUUUUCAACACAAAACGCCUUCGGCCAAACAGCGACGCGUCAGGAUGCUCGACAUGGCAAGGACUGCCAAGAAACGAAGACUUUGUGAGAUCGUGAGGGUGAUGAUGGAGUCUGAGCUCAAAAUGAGCAAUGACCCUUUGAUUGGAGAGGAACACGACCCUUGCCCUUCCGAUGGGGUUGAGAUGAGCCCUAUGCAGUCCUUUCUAUUCCAUCGCCAUCUUGCGCAGAUUUAUGCACAUAAUGGAGAUACCAGUCUUGAACAGGAACAUCUUGACAAAGCCAAGAACUUUACAAAGGCCUUCGACACACUUGGUCCAGAAUCGAUAGACCUUUGGACAUUGUUACGUCUCCAAGGAAAGAAGCAUCAUUAUAUCUCAGAGGACUUGCUGAACUCACUCCAGUGGGACAACAAAUUGUUCGCAUCCGAUAUGGAGCGUUGCCUUACGCUUUGUUGGCGCACGCUGAGAGAUACUCAAUGUCCAAAGCCUUUCCCAGGCUAUGAUAAAGAAAGACUUGAGGGGGUGAACCCGACUAAGAUGAGUGACCUGGCUCUCCAAAAGAGGCCACUCUAUCUUUGGAGGAAAUCCAGUUUCCUAUUUACUCACUUUUGGAAACAUAUCCAACAGGGACGUGAAUCUCCUGUUCCAUGGGGCCAAAGCCUUCCUACAAUUUCCGCGACACACUUUUUGAUGGUUGUGAGCAGGAUUAUCGUUCAAAGGUCGCUCCUUGGCUCCUCUGAACCUAGCAAUGGUUCACCCGGACUUCAGCCCUCAGACGUGUCGCUCUAUUGUGAAAUCAUACCAGCACUUCUUUAUGAUAACUCAUUCACACCAGAAAGUGCCAAAAGGGAGUUUGCCACGCAAUUCGUUGAGCGUUACUCAUGGUCUCCCCCAUCUGCUCGCAAAAGUGAUCUCGCUAGAGAAGUUCAGACACAUCAGAUGGAAGCACUCGAAUCAGUCUUGGCCACUCGACGCAGCCGCUCAUCAACUCCUACAUCUCCGACUUUGACAGCUUUGAAAGAAAUUGCCGGCAAAGUCCGACGUGCAUCGACUGACAACGAGUUUUUGGACUGGCUGAUACAACAGCACGAGCAGCUAGCCUCUACUAAUCAGAGAGAUACCAUCAUACAUGUCGAAGGGGCCCUAUAUCCCCCGUCUUUCGGGUCUUCUAAUCCUUGGCGUCUAGGUCUUCGCGCUCUUCUCAAGUGUCAGGCUCAAGCUCACUUCAAAGGUUCAAAGCAGCAGCGCUGA